CAUCCUGAUGCUGACGAGGCAGAGGAGAGUCUCUCCAGAUCAGAACACCAGAUGGACAACGCUAGCCCUUCCUCCCUCCCGGAGUCCCCGUGUCGUGCCUCUCCCGGUAGCACCUUACUGCUGGGUAUGAAGAGGUUGUCUGUGCUGCUGGUGGACUGCAGGAAAACAACGGGGCUGAGUGGAACUGUGAGAAGAGGAGAAGAGAAGAAAGGAUCAGAUUUGACUCAUCAAAGAGAAAGACCAGACUCAGAGGAACCAGAGACGUCCAAAUCGUCAAAACAACACGACUGUUCCCACUGUGGAAAGAGUUUUACAGAGUUAGGCAACAUGAAAAGGCAUGAAAGGACACACACAGUUGAGAAGCCUCAUCAUUGCUCUCACUGUGGGAAGACUUUUACCCAGUUAGGGGGCCUGAAAAUGCAUGAGAGAACACACACAGGUGAGAAGCCUCAUCAAUGCUCUCACUGUGGAAAAACGUUUACUGAGUUAUGGAGCCUGAAAACACAUGAGAGAAUACACACAGGGGAGAAGAUGUACUACUGCUCCCAGUGUGGAAAGAGUUUUACCCGGUCAGGGCACAUGAAAGAACAUAAGAGAAUGCACACAUUGGAGAAGCUUUACCUAAUAAUAAUAUAUGCCAUGUAGCAGACGCUUUUAUCCAAAGCGACUUACAGUCAUGUGUGCAUACAUUCUACGUAUGGGUGGUCCCGGGGAUCGAACCCACUACCCUGGCGUUACAAGCGCCAUGCUCUACCAACUGAGCUACAGAAGGAUCCCAUGUAAAUGGGCUAGGUCUAUAUGUCCAUGUAAAUGGGCUAUGUCUAAAUGUCCAUGUAAAUGGGCUAGGUCUAAAUGUCUGUGUAAAUGGGCUAAGUCUAAAUGUCUGUGUAAAUGGGCUAGGUCUAAAUGUCUGUGUAAAUGGGCUAAGUCUAAAUGUCUGUGUAAAUGGGCUAAGUCUAAAUGUCUGUGUAAAUGGCUAAGUCUUAAUGUCCGUGUAAAUGGGCUAAGUCUUAAUGUCCGUGUAAAUGGGCUAAGUCUAAAUGUCCAUGUAGAAUGGGCUAAGUCUUAAUGUCUGUGUAAAUGGGCUAAGUCUAAAUGUCUGUGUAAAUGGGCUAAGUCUUAAUGUCCGUGUAAAUGGGCUAAGUCUUAAUGUCUGUGUAAAUGGGCUAAGUCUAAAUGUCUGUGUAAAUGGGCUAAGUCUUAAUGUCCGUGUAAAUGGGCUAAGUCUUAAUGUCUGUGUAAAUGGGCUAAGUCUAAAUGUCCAUGUAGAAUGGGCUAAGUCUUAAUGUCGGUGUAAAUGGGCUAAGUGUACUGUAUUUUGUAUGUCGUACUUUGCUCUCAUUUCAGUUCGAUUCCCAACUCAGUAACUCAGAUCAGCUUUAAUAUUGAACAUAGAUUGUAACUCAGACCUUGGGGGAAGUUCUGCUUUAAUAUUGAACAUAGAUUGUAACUCAGACCUUGGGGGAAGUUCUGCUUUAAUAUUAAACAUAGAUUGUAACUCAGACCUUGGGGGAAGUUCUGCUUUAAUAUUGAACAUAGAUUGUUGAUUCCAUCAAUGUAAUUGUCUGCAUCAUUUUUCAAUUUUGUACAUUAACAAAAAUAUAAACACAAAAUGCAUUAAUUUCUAAGAUUUGACUGAUUUACAGAAAAAAGUCAAUUUAAAUAAAUUAUUUAGGCCCUAAUCUAUGGUUUUCACAUGACUGGGAAUAGUGCUAUGCAUCUGUUGGUCAACGAUACCUUAAGAAAAAGGUAGUGGUAUGGAUCAGAAAACCAGUCAGUAUUUGAUGUGGCCACCAUUUGCCUAGAGUUGAUCAGGCUUUUGAUUGUGGCCUGUGGAAUGUUGUCCCACUCCGCUUCAAUGGCUGUGGAAUGUUGUCCCACUCCUCUUCAAUGGCUGUGGAAUGU